AUGUCGCACUUGGCACAAGGCAUAAGUAAAGAACAAUGGCAGAAUCUUCCCCAAUACCACCAUAUAGACGAGAAAGGAGAGGGAGUAUGGAUAAUCAUCCAUCAUUCUCAAAUCAGCCUGAAGUUCUGUGACAUCUGUGAGGAAAGAAAGCUGAAAGCUCUGAAGUCGUGUCUGGUGUGUCAGAGCUCUUACUGUGAAACUCACCUGGAGCCUCAUUUGAGAGUGGCAGGUUUAAAGAAACACAAACUGAUGGAUCCUGUGAGUAAUCUGGAGGACUAUAUAUGUCAGAAACACAAGAAACCUCUGGAGCAGUUCUGUAGAGAUGAUCAGACGAGUGUGUGUAUGGAGUGUGCUGUGAAAGGCCACAUGUACCACGACACUGUUUCUAUAGAAGAAGAGAGUAAAAAGAAAAAGACUCAACUGAUGAAGACACAGGAAAAUGCCAAACAGCUGAUCCAGAACAGCAUCAAGAAGAUUCAAGACAUCAAAAACUCAGCAGAAGUCAGAAAAAGAAACACAGAGAAGGAGAAAGCAGCUCGUGUUCAGCUCUUCACUGAUCUCAUCCGCUCCAUUGAGAGAUGUCAGACUGAAGUGCUGGAGAUGAUGGAGGAGCAGCAGAAAGCAGCAGAGAAACAGGAUAAAGAGCUCAUUGAAGAUCUGGAGCAGAAGAUCACCGAGAUAGAGACCAGAAACACUGAGCUGGAGCAGCUCUCACACACUGAAGAUCACCUCCACCUCCUACAGAUUUCCUCAUCCCUGUGCAGCCCAACAAAAACUAGGAGUAACAGGAACUUGCCAGAGAUCAGAAUGAAGGCACAAGAGAGUCUGGCUGUGUACAGCAGAGCUCUGACUCAACUGCAGAACACUCUAGAUGAGAAACUCUCGCAAACUGUGUCUCUAGAACUGAAGUGGAAGCAGCAGUAUGCAGUGGAUGCGACUCUGGAUCCUGAUACAGCUCAUCCAAACCUCAUCCUGUCUGAUGAUGGAAAACAAGUGAGACAUGGAGACACUGAGCAGAAACUACCAGACAAACUAGAGAGAUUUGAUACAUAUCCUUGUGUCCUGGGAAAGGAGGGAUUCUCCUUAGGGAGAUUUUAUUUUGAGGUGCAGGUGCAAGGAAAGACUGACUGGACUUUAGGAGUGGCCAGAGAAUCCACUGACAGGAAGGGAAAGAUCACACUGAAACCUGAGGAUGGAUACUGGACUGUGGUUCUGAGGAAAGGGAAGGAAUUUUUUGCCUGUGCUGAACCCUUCACCUCCCUGUGUCUGAGCGAGACAAGGCAGCGGGUCGGUGUGUUUGUGGAUUAUGAGGAGGGUCUGGUCUCCUUUUAUGAUGUGGAGUUCAGCUCUCUUAUCUACUCUUUCACUGGUCAGUCAUUCACAGACAAACUCUAUCCAUAUUUUAGCCCAGGCUCCAAUAAUGGAGGUCAGAACUCAGCCCCACUGAUCAUCACACCAGUCAGUUACAAUAAAUAAAUUUACACCACUUGUA